AUGGCUUCCCCAACAUUGUCCUGCGGCGGCGCCCGCUUUGCGGUUGCCAGGCUGGCCACUGGCAUGACUGUGCCAUCACUGAACUCUAAUCGAGCACGUUUGGUGUCGGAUCCGAGGGGCGCGCCUGUCAGCCUGAGACAUGCGCAGUCGAUCCAUUAUUUCUCGUCUGCCACUGUUUUGCGGCGUCUGUCGAGACAGCGAUCCCAACACGAACUGGCAGCUGACCGGGCUUCGGAGCAAGCAGCAGAAUGCAUUGCAGCUCGUACUGCCACCGCCAGCAGCAGCAUCGGUCCCGGUAUGACUCACCUGGACGUGCCUAGUCUUGCUGUGAAGAGACCCAUCUAUGGCAUCAUGAGGAACACCAGCCUAUGUAGACAUUUCUCAUUUAGAACAAGUUGUCUGGAGCGCGAUGGCAAAGGCCCCAAAGAGCAAGGUCCGGAAACGGCAGCGGGUGUCACUUCGACCUCUGCGAUUCGGAAAGUCCUUCCCAAGGCUCUCGGGUCUGCACUGACGCCACAUGAGAAUAUAUACACAAUUCCAAAUUUAUUGACAUUUAGCCGUAUCAUCGCCUCCCCAUUCAUUGGUUAUGCCAUACUUCACGAUGCCCACGCCUGGGCACUGGGCCUAUUUGUCUAUGCUGGCGUAUCGGAUCUCCUUGAUGGAUGGAUCGCACGUCGGUGGAAGUUGCAAACCGUCGUUGGCAGCAUAGUCGAUCCCAUGGCUGACAAGAUGCUAAUGACAAUUCUGACCGUGUGCCUGGCUGCCAAAGGUGCAUUGCCCAUCUGGCUGGCAGGUAUCAUCUUGGGUCGGGACGUUGGCUUGGCCAUAUCGGCCAUCUACUACCGUUGGAUUUCGCUCCCGCCGCCGAAAACAUUCACAAGGUACUGGGACUUUAGCCUACCUUCAGCCGAGGUCCGUCCAACAACAAUCAGCAAGUACAACACUUUCCUCCAGCUUGCCCUCAUGGGAUCUACCGUGGUGGCGCCACUGGUGACCGGCAUUGAAGUUGGGCCAGCAUUGAUUGGACUUCAAUACAUUGUAGCUACUACAACCAUCUGGAGUGGUCUGAGCUACGUUUUCAGCAAAGAUGCAGUCAAGAUCUUGUCGGAUGCCAAGAGCAAAGACAAUGCAGCCAAUGAGGACAAGUCUCGCGAGCAAUGA